GAUAAACGAAUAAAAAAAUUACCACCAUUUCCAAGUGUUGAUGAUAAUUUAAUCAAAAUUAUUAUCGAUGAUCAACAACGACGAAUAAGUCUUUUAUUACAACAUUCAUCGAUAAAACCAUUCAUUGCAUUCGUACAAUAUGGUCCAUUUAUAUUUGUAUGCGAUGAACGACGUAUCUAUAUAACGGCGAUUAAAUCCAAAUUCUAUAAUCCAUUGGGUAUUUAUGAUGAAUUUAAAAUCAUUUAUGAUAAUAAAUAUGCACCAGAUUUGACGGAUUUGUCUUUGGAUUUCAAAUCGAAACGAUUAUUUUUUCUCAAUGAACAAGGCGAUAUUGGCUAUAUUUAUCUCUGUCCACUGAUACGUUUCGGUGGCAAAAUAGUGCCACAUAUGAAUAAUAAUAAUAAUAAUCACAAUCAUGAUGAUUAUAAACAUGAAUCGGUGCAAUUUUUAUUUGUCGAUAAUAUUAAUCAGAAAUUAUUAUGGGGUGAUGAAAAUCAAAUCAUCAAAUGUAAUAUCGAUGAUGGUGAACAUGUUGAAUUGGUUCAUAAAUUUGGUUUCAUACAAUUAACACAAAAAUUGGAUUCACGUCCAAUGGAUAUUGAUGGUGAUUGCCUUUAUUGGAAUGAUCGUAAUAGUCUUUAUAAAUUAUCAUCAAGUAAUGGACAAAUGAAUCGAGUAUUGGAAGAUGCAAGAUUCAUUACGAAUAAAAUAAAAGUUGUUGAUGAUGGAAAAUAUGUCUAUUUCUUAUCAAUGGGUCAUAUUUUAUAUCGAAUUGAUUUAACGAAUAAACGGCCAAAAUUUGAAAAAAUUCUACAAUUAUUGGAUCAAAAUUUUACCAUUACAUCAUUUGAUAUAAUUGAUUCAAUGAAUGAAGAAUGGUGUCCACAUUACAACAACAACCACAUGGGUCAUGAUGAUCAUAUGUCUAUUUGGCAACAACAACAACAACAACAACCACAAUUCGGUACACUAUCAUCGACAAAUCCAAAAAUGUCAAUUCAAUUGUAA